UGAAACUACAAAUGUCACGAGCGUCGACAUGAAAUGUUGAGCGGCAUAAGAUUAACUGAUUUUCAUUUUUAUUUUUUAAUUUAAUUAACAUUUGUAUUGCAAAACGAAGUUGUCUUUCUUUGUAACUUUACUAAUUUUCUAUUUUAUUUAUUUACUAUGAUUCAGAAGUUUGGUUUUUAGUAAUAUCUCGUUUUUUAAAGUAGUCUGUAAGGAGGAACAUAAAAUGGCUGUGGCUUUAUCGGGUGAAGGCCAAGCUCUCUCUCCCUCACCGCCGAUGAGGAUAUUGCUGCUUGGGAAGAGCGGGUCUGGGAAGAGUGCAUCGGGAAACAGCAUUCUGGGAAGGAAGCAGUUCCAGACAGCCAGACGCAAAGAGAAACACGUGACAAAGGAAUGUGAGUCCAGUACAACCGAGACUGGCAGGUGGCAGGUGUGUGUGAUUGACACUCCAGACCUGCUCGACCCACAGGUUAGCAAGGAAGAGGUUAUUGCCCAAAGAAAAACGAUUGUCUCUCUCUCUGAACCUGGCCUCCAUGCCUUUCUCUUGGUUAUCCCCAUCGGUGAUGAUGUGGCAAAUGAGCAGGAGGUGCUGGAGUUUAUACGGGAGAUUUCUGGGGAAGGCGCUCUGGCGUACACCAUGGUGCUCUUCACUCAAAGAGGUGACCUGGAUGACGAAGAGAGCAUCGAAGAUUACAUCCAAGACCAAGGGGAAGAGUUACAGCGGCUUGUUUUGGACUGUGGGGGCAGGACACAUGUGUUUGACAACAAAAACAGUCAAAUCAUUGGCAGCCAGGUGUCAGAUUUGCUAAAUAAGAUUGAUGCUAUGGUGAAAGAAAAUGGAGGAAAACUCUGCAUGCUGAGAACUAAAGGAGACAGCAUGAAGAACCUGAUUAAUUUUUCAGAAGCAACUGCAGCUGGAGUAAUAUCCGAUGCUGGGGACCAACCUUGUGGAAAAGGAGUGCAACUCAGGCUGGUGCUUCUAGGAAAAACCGGGUCAGGAAAGAGUGCUUGUGGGAAUACCAUUCUUGGUAGAAAAUUAUUUCAGUCUGAUGUUAGUUCUGCUUCACAGACUGCAAAUUGUGAGCUGAAAGAUGGAAUUAGGGCUGGUAAACAAAUUGCUGUGGUCGACACCCCAGGGCUGUUCGAUACCAAGCUGUCCAAUGAGCAGGUUCUUAAGGAGACCUGUAGAUGCAUUGGCCUGGCCUCCCCUGGGCCACACGCUUUCCUUCUGGUGAUAAAGUUAGGGCGUUUCACACCAGAAGAGAGAAGCACAGUUGCAGAGAUUAGGAACGCAUUUGGAAAAGAUGCUGAAAAAUAUACAAUGGUUCUCUUCACACACAAAGAAAAACUUGGUGGUAAAACUAUUGAGCAGUUCAUCCAAACAGGUGAUGAUGAUCUCAGAAAACUCGUUGAAGAAUGUGGAAAUAGGUACCACUGUUUAGACAACAGUUCACCUCUAAAUUAUAGCCAGGUUAAAGAUCUACUGACAAAAGUACACAUCAUGGUGUCUGCCAAUGGGGGCAGCUGCUAUAGUACUGACAUGUUCCGGAGGGUUGAGGCUGUAAUUCGUGAAAUCCAGGAGGAGAAAAUGAAAGAGAAAAUCAAGCAGCUAGAAAAAUUGCACAAAACUGCAAACAAAACAGAGUGGCAAAAUAUUUAUUCACAGUUAUUAUCAGAAUCACGAAACGAGGCGGUGAAAAUUUGGUUUUCUGACAGAGUUAUCCUGGCAUGUGCAAAGUUCUGUAAUAAAAUAACAGUCACCCCUGAGGAAGCGGAAGAUGCCUUACGGACGGCAGAGGAGCAGGGUAUCAGUCGAAGAGAAGCGCUGAUUUUGGUCAUUAAAGCCUCAUGCACAUUGGCCAGAACUAAAAUGUGCAGUACUCAAUAGAACCGUCAUGGAUAUGACAUGUCUCCUUGAGAUUUCCUCAUUACAUUUUCUGCCAUAUGUACUAGUGUGUAAAUGUUUGAAGUGGUUAACUUUGCUUUCAGACACUUGGAUAGUUCAGCUAGUACAUCAAAAUACAGCCCUCACUUCAUGAAAUUACAUGACAUUACAUUACAAUCAUUUGGCUGAUGCCCUCUCCAGAGCAACCUACAGUAGAGGAGAAAUUUAGUGUUACUCUCACAAAUAAAAAACUGGUAUCACCAAGAAGGCACAAAGGCCCAUUAUUAAUCCAUCCAUCCCUUAUUUAUACCCACAUAUCCUAUGGGCACUGUCUUCAGUUAGCCUACCUGCAUGUCUUUGGACUGAGGGAGGAAACCGGAGGACACCGGGAGAACAUGCAAACUCCACACAGAAAGACCCAGGGCAGAUUCAAACCCCUUCUUGCUGUGAGGCGACAGUGCCACCCACUGCACCACCGUGCUGCCCCCAUUUAUAAUCACUAAGUGUAAUAUUUAUCUAGAAAACAACAACUUGUAUUUUAACAAGGUGUGAUUAGACAAACAACCUCUCUUACGCAGCCAUACCUCUAACAUUAUCCGAGAGGAAAAAUAAAGAAAGAAAAGGUCUAAAGGGGUCAAGGGAGUCUUGGUGUAAUCUGAAGAGAUGAGUCUUCAGUCUGUCUGAACACGGGCAUUAUUUCUGCUGUUCUAAAUGUAGUUGGAAGCUAAUUAAGAUAAAUACAAAUGAUUAUACUCCGAAAGGUGUCAUUACAGAAAAAAAAAUAUCCUUGCCCACUGUUUAACUACAGUAAUAUGUAAUUUUGAAAGGUGUUCAACACUGGAAAGGUUACACAUGAACUAUAUGGCCACAUCUUUCACUACCAUGUAUAAAGUUUCUUUUCACUGAAUAUUUUACUGAUGAAAUGCUAUGUCAAUAGUGCUAUUGUGCAACCGCGGUGUGAGGUAUGUUGAUUGUGCUUGAAAUAUGCUUCAUUGUGUAAUUCUAGCAUGAGUUCUUCAUAGUAACGUACAUCAAUGAUUCCCUGGUAAAAAGCUUGGUGGAACUCAUUAAUGGUGUUGUUUGAUACCUUCUGAAGAAAUAUCAUUUGAAUUGUGUAUAUUUGAAAUUAAAUGUUUUAUGUCUGUUUUUAUGUUUUUGUAACAAUAUAUCAAAAAUACAUGAAAAAAGUUGGCAUGGCAAUUUCAUUGAAUUUAAUUUAAUUUAGAUAAAUAAAUAAUUUCAUUUAAUUGAACAUCAUGCAAUUUAUCAUAUGAUAUAAUUCAGCUAUUGCAAAUUUACUGGUUCAACAUUGACAGAGGAAGGGGGUGGUAUGUUUGUAUAUUUUGGUGAUUUAUUGGUUAGUGAAACUGCCUUCGGGGGUU